GUUUCUUUUCCCCGCCGGAUGUCUUGUUCAAUGACUCCCCGAGCCCUUUGUCUGCCUGCUUCAUUGAAGUCGCUUCUUGUUCGUCGAGCCACAGUUUUACAUCUUCCAUUCUUUUGAGGGUGAUAUUUGACAGCUUCCUUAAAUCUCUACAAUCCCCUCCGGCCCAUCGUAAUCGUCGUCGUCAGGUGUUUUGCUUCCACUCACCAACACAAAACGACUCUUUCCAGCCAACCAGAACUGCAUGGGGCAACUACGAACAUUCUUUGGCUGACGACCACCACUUCCACAAUCAUUCUCUCUGGCGCUGACAUGACCACGCGAUCACGAAAUUCCUUGAGUAAGGCGCCUGUGCGGGAGCGAAUCAUACUCGACGUAUCAAAACUCGUCAAUCCCGCAAACUCGCUGCCCACUCAGGACUUGGCCCCCAAUGGCUCAAAGGCCACAUCUCAUGGAGCGCGCCUCAGCUACGAGGAUUUAAUUCGCUGCCAGCUGAAUGAAGAUAUCAUGGCGUACAAAUACGACCUCGAGUUUUGCGAGCAGCAGCUCAGCCUGCCGGAUCUGACUGCCCAAGAAACCAGAACGAUCCAACUCAGGGUCCUCGACUGUGGACACCGCAUCCGUGACAAUCAGCACCGUAUCCAAGCCAUGGAUAUACAGAAGGAGCUUUACGACUCCGGUACCGCCCACGCCCACACUUCGCCCAUCAACUUCACCCAACGCCAGCCUUUUUCCGGCUUGGGCUUCACAUCCACCAAUGGAGGUGCCAAUGGAGGUGCCAAGCGUCAGCGAACCUCCAAAGUCAAGCCCGACAACGACGAGGACGUGGCUGAAUUAGAUGCCGACGGCACCCCCACGAACUCCGUCUCGAUUCAACGCCUCGGUUUCUGGAAGUGCCGCCUCUGCACAUCGCAGAAGUACCAGGUCGCCCCGCCCUCCACUCGCGUGCCUAGUGCUCCAUGCAAGUGGCCCCUCAAGGACGUCAGCAAGAUGCUGAACCACUUCCUGGAUAUGCACACGGAACAGAACCCAGGGGACCGAUGUCGUGAGCUCGGCGAUGCGCUGGAUAAGAACAGAGGUCCGUUCGAGUACUGGAUGACGCGCACCCGCUCACAAAAUUUGGGCGAUGGUUUGAUCAUUGAUGAAAUUAUCGAAACGCUGCAGGCGGGCUCGCUGCCUGAUACGCUGCGCAAUCUGAACAGAGCGGCGGCUACUUUCCCUAAUAGUGUAUCGGGAGUCAAGGUGCAUGAUGUGGUUUGAGUGGGGUUGUGAGGGUGUGUUAUAGGGGAGAUGGAGCUGGAAGACGGUCGGGAAUGAGCGUGGCUCACGGAAGUGAAAGUAGUACUACAAAUAGUAAUACCAUGCCCUAAUUAGCGAUACCACGAC